AUGCAACCGGCCUGCGGGGAGACCCCGCAGCUGAACGGAUUCGUGGCCUCCUGCAGUUCGUUCAGUGUUGCUACUGCAACGGACGUUGCUGCUGCAACCAACGUUUCUGCUGUCGCAGCCGCAGGAGCAGCUGCUGAUGCUAUAAGCUUUUCAACUAAGGAUAAACCAGCUGCAGCCGGUUCAUCUAAAGCAGCAGAAACGAGUCCUUUUUUGCGUGUCUCAGUGGCAGAUGCUUUCCCAGCACCUGCAGCGCUUUCUAAAGGAGCGCUUGCAGCACCCACAGCAGCAACAAAGACACCGGCCGCAGCCCAGAAUGCUUCUAAUGCUGACAGCGGAGCGGAGGCAGCCGUUCCACUAGCAGUCGGAGCAGCAACACCUGUUGGAGAUGCGGGCAAUUCACCGCUUGGGGCCUCCCCUUGGGGAUUGUCAAAGGGGGCUCUGGGACCAUUCGGAGUUUCGCCCGUUUCUUGCCCUCUGCCUUUAAGCGCAGCGGUGAUGGGAGAACCCUGGGCCCCCCCGACGAACAUGAAUAUUUGGCAUUCACCUUCGCUCUCUCCAGUAGGAGCCUUUAUGAAGUCUGGUGAGGAUUCGCCAGGGGCCCCUCCUGAGGAGGCGCUGGCCAGGCCACCCUUUGGGACCCUCACGGACCCCAGUGGAGAAAAUCAAAAAGGUCUCUCGGAAGCGGCCUUGGAGGUGCCAUCAGGAGCAGCCAGAGAUGACUUGCCUGUAUCGACUCCGUGGGGUCCCCGUGAUUCGGAUGCGGCUUCGGAAUCUACGCCCGCCACGGCCCCCAGAGGCCACCUUGAUGAGGCCCACGGAGAACGAGCUUCUGGUGGCCCUUUUGAAGCUGUGACUAAUGCAUUUCUGGAGUGGUGCAGCUCGGGGGAUUCUGCCGGGCGCCGUGGGCAUUCAGGGGGUCGCAGCGACGGCUGGGGGACCAGAAAGCAAGUCCUGGAGGGGUUAGCAGAGAGGUGCCACAGACAGCAGCUGGAGCUGCAGCAGCAACGAGAACAGAAACAGGUUUUGCUAAUGCCGGAGCAGCGCCAUCAGCAGCAAGAGGGCACUAAGCAGAAGCUGCCCCUCGUGCAGUUGCUGCAACAGAACCAAGCAAAAGCCAUACAACAACGGCCGCAAGAGCAGCAGGAGUUGCAGCAUCAGGGCGAACAGCUGCCUACGCAGCAGCAACAAACCGAACAGCAGGAGCAACGCGCACAGGAGGACCAGGACGGAAGCUACCAGCAACAGCAGCACCGGAAACGUUUCAGCAGGCGGCUUUCCCACGGUAUCCGUUGCAUGCCAUCCCUUGUUGAGGCAUUUCUGGUCCUGGGACCCCCAGCGGCGAGCCCUGUCCUGGACUGUUGCAUUGGCCGCUACUGCCAACAGCCACAAGAGCAGCAGUGCUCCUGCUGCUGUUGCCAGGUUAAGGAUCAGCAGGAAGUAUCCGCUUCGCUUGGGACCGCUGUUGCUGACGCUUCUGGUGAAGGGGCUCACGAUUGUUUUGUCUCCGACCUUACCCCUAUGGAAAAUGAGAGGGAGCAGCAGCAGCAACAACAGCAGGAGAUUCCACGGACGGGGACCAACGGGGCUGACAAUGUAGAGACCAGCAGCAGUACGAGCAGCAACAGUAGCAACAGUAGCGACCUGCUACAGCCCCAUGUUUGGUGGUGUUGCACGUGCAAGAGAGCACCGUGUUUCUUUCCCGAAGGGACCAUUCCGCCUGACAGCAGCCGCUGCAGCAGCAGCGACAGCAGCAGGAACAGAAGAAGCUGUGCCAGCUCCUUCUGUGGCUCCAGUAGGGUUUUGAGCUUGUGUAGUCAGCCCCAAAGGCGCCCAUCUGAUGCAGCUUCUGUCAUCACAGGCUCCAGCAGCUGCAGCAGCAGCAGUUACAGAAAACGGGUUGCUCCGGCACCGGCACGUAGAAGGUGCAGCAGCAGCUGCCCCAACGGCAGUAAUGAAGGCACGAGCAGCAGGAGGGUUAACAGCUGUUUAGUACCCGGCUACAACUGGAGCAACGACCCCUUGGAUGUCAGUGGCAUCAGGAGGACAAGCAGGCGCCCCAGCAGCAGCCUAGGCAGCAUCACAAACGUGAAAAGCGCACGUGUUCCUCAUUUCCAUGCAGUAAGAGCACCAACAGGAGCAGUACGAAUUUGUGCUUCACAGUUGAAAGCAGCAGAGGUGGGACGGGCCAGAAACAGCUGCGCCAGCAGCAGCAGCAGCACUAACUGCUACGGCGGCAGCAGCAGACGUAGUUACAGUGAUGGCCAUGCACGAGGCCACGAGGGAACAGGGCGUCGCAGCUCGAGCUGGCCUAUGCCUCACAGCGCAGCUUCAGUGGCUCCUUUGGCCGUGGUUGAAGCCGGUGGAACAGCAUCGGCAGCAGGCCCAGGGACAGAUGCGGCAUCAACCUGUACAGCUGCAGUGGCUCCAGCUAUGGCGGCAGAUGGAGUAAGGGCUGUUGCACCGGCUUCAAAACGCGUCAGCAAGCAGAGCAGUUACUCACCUGCUGUAAUUCGUUGCCGAGUGCGUGGCGUCUGCUCCUGUGGCGGCGGCGGCAGCAGCAGCAGCUGUUGCAAAGUAAAUUCAAGAGGACCACAGUGCUGGAAAUGGGAUUACAUCCCAAGCUUCGAUGUUGCGGCAACUCGGAAAGGCAAGCCUAAGGUCCUUACAGUGCCGCACCUGUCAGAGGCAGCGCAGUCUGCAACAGCAGACCCAGCAGCAGCAGGAACAGGCCCAGCAAGAGUGGCAGGGACGGCAGCAGUAGAUGCAGCAGAAGGACCAGUAGCAGCAGAUCCAGGAACGGAAACGGACGGUGAAGGCUCUGGUAACACUUCGUGGCUUCCGCCAGAGGUGCCCCCCGCAGCUGAACUUUUCUGUUUUCCUGAGGGAACGGCGAAGGUGCUGCCAGUGAGCAGCGGCUGUCUUUGUACCCUUCUCCAUCCACCGCCGCAGCACAAACAAAAGAAGCCAGAGGCGGUUGUUGCAACACGGCCGUGUACGUCCCCGUGGCAAUCGUACUUGCCGCGCGUCUUGACGGGGCUGCUGUCUCCCGGUGUAUGCUCACGAGCGGCAGCACAGGAAGCGCCUUCCUCCUCUGUCUUAGAGCCAGUGGCUGCAGCAUCCCCGCAAAUGCUCCCUCAGCCAGGAAGAACAUGGGCAGCCACAACACGAGCAGCAGCGCCAGCACGGGCUUCUCCAUGCAUUUGCCAGUGGGGUGGAUGUCCAUGCGCUUCUUUGCUGAGAGUGCACUCUCCCUCCUCUUCUGUUUUCGUGUUGACAGAUUUUCAGGGCCGCAGAUUGUAUGGACAUUGCCUUCGUUUUUUCGAGCUCGUGACCUUUAGGGUGCCCAACAGCCGUUGCACAAUGCUCAGCAACAGCGGUUCGGCUGCAGCAAGUGUUGCUGUAGAGGGAGACGCUAUGGCAGAUGCUGUAAUGCCAGACAGAGUACACCAACCACGCAGGAUAAGUAGGGAGGCAAGCGCUGUAGGCACAGAACCAGCAGACGGCGGCUCCGGUGAGCCUCCCCCGCUGGCUUACGUGGAGAGGGCGUUUUGCGUCUUGUCCGAGCUUCCGUUCUUCGGGGUUUUCCAUGAGUGGUUGUGGUGUACGUACACAUCGUACGCUGCUCUAUGUCAGGCCACUGCUUGCAGCGCGAGAGGCCACAUCGUACUGCAGAAGCAGCAGCAGGUGCAGCAGCGGGUUCUACUCCCCUCACCGCUGUUGUAUCUCCAGCAACAAGCCACAAGGCUGGUGGAGGAAACCCCAGCUCCGGUAGCAGCUCACAUGUGGGAGGUGUUCCCGCUGCAACAAGUUCAGAUGCGCUGCGAAACCAGCAGAAGUAGCACUGGUGAUUACAACAUGGGUGGGAGGAGCAACUACAGCAGCAGCAGCAUCAACAAGCUGCGAGUUUCUGUAUCUAUAGAGUGCACGCGCUCCCUUCACUUCGCGCUGCCGCCCCCUGGGAGUUUGCCGCUGUUGCAGCUUCCUCUAGUAAAUCUUUUGAAGAUUUUCCCCCUAGAGUUGCUUUUGCUGCUGUUUCUGCUGUUGUUGUGCGAAAAGCAAGUCGUUCUGCUCUCCGCAUCUGUGAACCGCCUUAGCCUGCUGCCUUGCGCUUUAACGGCCUUAAUGUACCCACUUCGGUACUCUCAGGUGUUCGUCCCGUUGCUUCCGGCAUCCCUUGCCCAUUUCGUAUCGAUGCCGCUUCCUUUCUGCGUCGGCUUUCUGACGCCGCCACCGCAGCAACAGCAACAAGAGAUUCCAGCCGAACCAGAACAACAAGGGAAGAGCAGCAUCAGCAGCAGUAAUAGCCACAGGAAACGAAGUGGUAUGCCGAGAGGAAGGGCAGCACCUCCCGCUGUUUACGUGUGCACUGUUCCCGAUUUUGCAGCAGUAGCCUCAACUGCAGCAGCACCAACGACAGGAACAGUCUCUAGCAGCAGGAACGGCAGCAGUAACGGCACGAACACUAUUUCCGGCAACAUGCUGUACGCCAUCAACCUGUUCUCUCAUGCUCUGGACACUUUUCCCCUCGACCUGGACAGCUGCUCUCUAUCCCUUUCUCAUGUUGCCCUUGCCACGGCAGCGGGGGACCCGAAUCAGCGCGAGUCCCUGGACCCUUUAGCAGCAGAAAUUGCAAAAGCAACAGCAGCCGAAGCCGCGUCAACAACAGCAGCGCCUGGUACUGUUGCUUGGGGAUUGCCUCCCUUGCCAGAUAUAAUGCUGAGAAAGCUUGUUGCGAGCCUGGUGCCGUUGCUGUGCAAAGACGCAGUUGCGGCAGCAGCAGCAGCAGCGGCGGCGGCAGCAAUCGUCGAUGAGAACCUGACCAACCAACAGCGGAAGAUGCUGCAGCGUCACCAACAGAAGCAGCAGAAGAAGCGGCGACAACAACAGCAGCAGCAGAUCCCCUCGUUUCUCCCCUCCAACUGGCAGCUGCUGCGCGAGAACGUAAGUGCUGCAAUUACAGAAGAAGCAGCAGCGUAUAGUGCGCGGAUUGGUACUGAUGCUACGGCUGAGUUAGGCAGUCUCAGCAACAAGACUUCCGCAGGCACAACAGUGCAACCCCAGCUAGGCACGUCCAGGGGUGAUCCUUUGGAGCUCAUGCGUACCAGCAGUAGGAACCACCAGCAACAACAGCAGCUGCUUAGCCCGCAAGGAGGUGGCCAGUGCAGCACCAGCUUUGGUCCUGCAUCCUCAGCUGGUGCCACCGGGGCAGCAGCUGCGGGCAGCAGCAGGUGCAGCAACACCAAUGCUAGUAUGCGAGGGGGGCCUAACCGUUCUCACAGUGGGGCCCUUCUGUCUGUCUUUCGCUUCUUGAACCUCUUGCCUCCUGGAAGGACAGAACAGCAGCAGCUGAACCAGCGAGAGCUACCGCACCUACCACAACCCGCCAAGCUCCAACUGCAGCAGCAGCAGCAACACAGGAGAGAUAAUUGGCUAUGGCGUCUGUGGGGACAGCGAUCUUCAGCUUCUGGAACAGACAUAACAGACGCGGCAGCGGCAGCUUCGGCAGCGGCAGCAGCUUCGGCAGCUGCAGCAGCUUCAGCAGCGGCUGCUGCUGCUGCUGCAGACACACUACAUUCGUUUCGUAGCGGUCCAGGGCAGACCGCACUUUUCCGCCAUUCGUCCGUUCCCGUCGGGGUGUAUGCUGGAGCUGCCGCUGCUGAUGGUGCCACGUGGAUGCGGGCGAAGCAAGAGCAACAGCUGAAGCAGCAACAGCAACUAGAACGAGAAGAGAAUAAGCAACGACAGCAACCAGAGGAGCAGCCACCGUUCGAGGAACCUGAACUCCUGUCGCCGCUCCUGGAUUUGUGUGUUUCACCUGCGCCAACUGCAACAACCGGAGCAGCGUCUGCGUGUGCUGUUGCUGCAUCUAAAACUGUCACUUCGGAGCAACAGCAGCCGGCAAUGCAAGAGCAGGAACAGCAGCAUAUGUCGCUGCAGGAGCCAUAUCAGCCGUCCACGAACACCAACAACCGCGGGCGGAGGGGAGUGUCACUGCUAUUUCAGAGGCAGUGCAGAAGCAGCAGCGAAAUUUUUGAACGCAACAGAACGUGGGUCAAGGCAAAGAGACCUUCUGCAGCAGCAACAGGGAGUCUUACGCCGGCACCUACGGCACCAGCAGCGGCGGCAGCAUCAGCAUUGUCGGGGGCUAGUGACAGAGAUGAGCAGUGUGGCCCAGGCAGUGCCAUUUUUUCAGCCCCAGCGACCUUCGUUGCUGCCACAGGGGGGCAGGACGGGGGUGGUACUGUUGCUACUGCAGCAACAGAACCUAGCAGCAACUUGCUGCCGGUGUGGCGCGAGUUUUCUGGGGUCUCUUUUGAGUCUUCUGAAGAGGGGGAUGCUUCAAACCUACCUACUGUCUACCCAUGCAGUCAUGAUGCAACUUCUAGCACUGUUGUUGCAGCAGCUGUUACAGUCGCUGCAUCCAGCAAUAGCAGCUUCGGGUACCAUACAAGUGAAGAGAACCAGCUCCUUUGUGAGACCCGCGGUGCAGAGGAAGGCGAGGAGACAGCAGAAGCAGCAGCAGAAGCUGUAGCAGCUGCUGCUGCUUCUCGUGUGGCUGCACUCCAACAGGCAAGCACUGUAUGCAUGCAGCCUCACAUUGAUCCGCUGGAUGCGGCCGAGAACCCUCUCGUCAUCUUGCAUGAAUGGAGCUCCACUCUGGCCAGUGACAGUUGCUGCCACCAGCAGCAGGAGGAGCUACAACGGAAGCAUAAGCAACAGAAGCAGGCAAAUGCAGUAUCAGAUGCGUUACUGCGAGAGGUGUUCCUUCGGUUCUUUGUUGACUUGCUGCGUGGCUGCACCGUUAUCACUAGAUCCCGCUAUGAUUCCCCCAUGGGGUACCAUUGCGGGGGCCCCUUCAAAGCCAAGGAGACCCCUGGCAGCGGCGGGAGGGUCCAGGAUGAAGCGCGAUCCGUAGAGUUUGCUGGAAGCUCUUCAGACAGGCAGGAAAGCAGCGGCUGCUGCCGCUUUGUAUUGCAAACCCUUCUGGGUCUUGGAAGCCGAAAGCAAUCGCCAGAGAACGAACAGCAGCAGCAGCCUCAAUAG